CCCUCAUCAGCGCCCAACCCGACAUCCGUGGGCUCUUAUCACUGGGCGAUCCAAUAGAAGACACCCCAAGUCGCAAAUCAUCCUUAUAUUAUAUAUACCAGCCCUCCUGGACCGCCCGCAUGAGCCAUGGCCACUGCGAAUGAGGGCCAUCCAUCCCCGUUUGGGCCGCUCCAAGUUGAGCUUGCUCGUAUGAGAAAAUCCAACCUUACGGCAGCUAUCGACGAUGUUGAUAAGAUUAUUUAUCUCCUGACCAAUGCCAGAGAACAAAUAGCCUCAGGUGUGUUAGUCGGCCUCAAUACGGGAUUCUGCUAACCGCUUCGGCAGACGAUGAUGCUCACAAGAUUGGCAUGACAAUGACGACAUUACAAAAUCCAGUAAAAGCUUGCAUGGAGUCGAUAACGGACGAUUUGAAAAAUGUUACAAAAACACAGCGAGGAUUUGCCAAGAUUUUAGAUAGGGCAUUACCCCUCCGCGAAUUGCCCAUGGAAGCCGACGCCAUGGCCGACCAUCCGACUUUAAUUAACCGAGCGAUCGCCAUGCAUUUAUUACGAGAAGGGCAGUUUGAUGUUGCAUCGACAUUUCUCAAAGAAGCUAAAGACGACCCUUUGGAACCGGACGUUGACCGCGACGGCGAUGAUGAUAUGCAGCGUGAAGAGUUCGACACGAUGAUUGCAGCGCAGCAUGAAAGCCUACAGGAGAAGUUUUCAGAAAUGUACAGCGUUCUUUCCGAGCUCAAAAACAAGAAUCUCGGCCCCGCCAUAGGCUGGGCAAGGUUGCAUAAUACUGAGCUAGAGGAGAAGGGAAGCAAUCUUGAAUUUGAGCUGAGCAAGUUGCAGUUUGUCUGGCUCUUCAAAGGUCACGAAGUAAACGGAUUACCGGACGACCAGUAUAAUGGGCAAGCUGGAGCGCUUAAAUACGCCAGACAGCAUUUUGCACCAUUCCAAGCCCGCCAUCUUCGAGAAAUCCAACAGCUAUGCUGUGCCAUGGUCUAUGCGAGCAAUUUACAAUCCUCUCCCUACAGACAAAUAUUUGAAAUUGAGUCUGCGUUUGAGGAUGUGGCCGCAUCCUUUACUCGCGAAUUCUGCUCGCUUCUCGGCCUAUCUGCCGAAUCUCCGCUCUACAUUGCAGUCACAGCUGGAUCCAUCGCACUGCCGCGGUUGAUCAAGUACACGACCUAUAUGAAGGAGAAGAAGACAGAAUGGACAACAGAGAACGAGCUUGCGUUUGAAACCCCUCUUCCCGAGUCGAUGAUCUACCACCCCAUCUUUGUCUGUCCAGUCAGCAAAGAGCAAACCACUGCUACAAAUCCGGCUGUGAUGUUGCCAUGCGGCCAUGUUCUUUGCAAGGAGUCCUUGCAGAAUAUAGCAAAGGGAACGCGAUAUAAAUGCCCUUACUGCCCUACCGAAGGACAACUUAAAGACGCUGUUAAAAUUACGCUAUGAAGAUUGCGGGCAAGGCGGUGCCUACUUGGCAUUUUCUGUUUUCGUUGGCGUAUUUGGUUUAACAGCACGGCGGUUGCUCAGUCUGGUUUAUCACAGUUAUUCGGCGUUUCAUAGCACCUAGUCCGAAAGGGACAUUCUUGUUCACAAUGAUCAUAGCAGCUCUGGAGCUGGUCCUGGUUUUACUCACUCUUACUUAUUAUUCAUAUUACAGAAAAAGAGAUUCAAUUCAGUUGACAAGAGAGUGUGUUCUAAAUAUGGAAGCUACACGGCUCCUAAGCUAAACGCUCGCGCACGGCCAAAGGUCAUCGACAAUUCCGACUGCUAUCCAGGCUUUUUCUAUCAUUAAAUUCAUUCGUCAAAUUUGUACAUGUGUAUACCAGCAACUGUAUUCAACGGCUAGCUGCUUGCUGCAUGCUCUCGGAGCAGCUUAAUCGAUAAUCAUGCGACUGCCAAGCUGGGGCUUGGAAUCCUGCAUGCUGUACGAGUUUUGAUCGGUGUUCUCCUUCGUUUGUCGCUUUGCCUCAAGAUGAGGCUUGAGUCCCUUGUCGAAAUUGCUCAAGCAAAUGAGACCAUUGGUAAUGGUCAAAAUAAUGAGAAGAAUGGUGAUGACGGCAAAGGCUGUCAUAGACUUGCGGACAGGCAUGUACAGCCUGUCGUAUCCAGGUUGGUAGAUACGGUGAAGUUUGAAGAUGAAGUAGCUCAGGCCACCUAGGUAGAGAAUUAGGACAGAAACCAUGCCCACCUUGUUUUCCUUCUUGGUAAACCAUGCAGCGACUAGUAGGAUGACGAUUGUAACGGGGAUUGUGGCAACCGUCAGGGCGAAUUCGGGGUCGGUGGUUGCGGCGACGACAACGACGAAUUGGAUGAUGAAACCCAAGAAGAAGAAGAAGUCGAACUUGAGCAACGCAAUGUAGAUCUGAUAAUGCAGGAAUCGCUUCUUCAUGCGGUAGUCGGCGCCAAUAGUCUUGAGAAUAUCCCAAGCGAAUUCCUGAUAUAAUUUCCAAGCAAUGAAGGCCAUGCCAAUGGUAGCAACGGCGAUCACGCAAGGAAUGGUGAACAAGAAAGCUCUGAUGUUGGCCCAAAGCAUUUGUGAUGUAACCGUCGGAGCCAGGGCAUAACCCCCGCUAAUUUUGUCAACAGCACCUUUGAUCUGGUCGAUUUGAAGUCCGGUAUAGAUCAGCAAUGCGACGUUUGCAAUGCAAACACCAAUGAUCUGAAUGGUGUUUUUCAUUCGUACAGCGUCCCAAGCAAUUACCAGCUCAUACAAAUAGCCGAAAAUGAUAAGAGUUGAAAACGUAGGAAUGGUCUUGACUUGAGCAUUCACGUCUAGCGAACUUUGGUCACCGGGAUUGGGAGGUGGAAUCCGCCCUAGACUAUUUUGGAACUUUGCAAAAAUGUAGCUGUAAAGAUGUAUUAGCGGAGAGAGUCAAAAGCGUAGAAUUUCAGUCAACCUACGCUUCGAAAGCAAUGCAGAUGGCUGCUUGCAGCAGCGUGACGCCCAUGAAAGCAGCCGGCCACUUUGACUUCAUGAAUGUGAAGGCACCAUGGUGGGAAGAGGCAGGGGUUUUGCCGCGAGAGGAAAGUCCUUCUCGCCCAGCAUAGCCCUGCCCAUAGUCAUCGCCCAUAUAACCGUUUUCUGCAUAGGCUGGCUGUUGUAAGCUCGGCUGCGCAUAAGGAUCGGGAGCUCCGCCCUGGUAGUUUGGAGCGUAGUUGUUUCCAUAGGUCUGGGUACUGUAGUUGUGGUUGUCAUAGUUCUGAGCUUGAUCGUAUGACGAGGUCUGCUGGUGCUGGUACUGCUGCCCUUGCUGAGAGAAGCCCGGGUCGGCACCCAGCAAGGACUUGCGAGAUUCUAGUCUUGAGUGGUUGGCCACGAUGGCGAGUCUUUGACUCCAAGCCGGGAGUCAACGGGAGACGAGGUAACUGGGAAGACUUGUGAAGGCGACGAGAUGGCAAUCGACGGCGCUGUUUGUUGUUUUCGAGGCGGUCGCGAUGUGAACGUUCGUAGCGCGGGCGCAGAGUUGGGUGCGAGCACGCUUGCGUUGCAGCCGGGAAAUUGUAGGUAAGCAAAGUGCUGCGAGAAUAAAAUAGUUACGCGGACACGGAGAAAGGAGACGCGGCUGAAAGAGGCCAAAAGGCAAUGUAAGGGAAUCGAAGAUGUCGACGGUGAAUGUCGUGGGAAAAGAGCAGAUGGAAGAAGGAAAAGACAGAAGAAAAGGAGAAAGAAG